AUGUUACAAAUGGAAAUAAGGGGUGUUUGUGUAAUUUACAAAAACUGUCCAAAUUCAUACUAUAUAUCUGAAAAACAGUUCUUGAAUCUCUAUGAUAACUUUCAUAAAAUUAAAACCAAUUUUGGGAAAGUUUAAGCGGGAACCAGUUUUCUAAAUUUACUUGCAGGAGGACAUUUGUGAGGUUGUAGAAGAGUAUUUACGAUGAACAUUGAGGAAUUGUUUUUCUUGGCAUUAAUGCCUGUUCUGAAAACGUUGUUGAUUGCGGUUGUUGGCUUAUAUCUUGCAUUGGAUCAUGUUAGUAUUUUGACUGCAGAAGGACGGCACCAUCUGAACAAUCUUGUAUUCUACGUCUUCUUUCCAUCACUUUGUGCUAGUGGUCUCAUCAGUUCAAGUACAGCGACGGGGUUAUUUUCUUUGUGGUUCGUUCCAGUGAGUAUUCUUAUUACCUUUCUUGUUGGAUCAGCCCUCGGGUGGAUACUUGUCAAAAUCACUAGAACGCCUCAGCAUUUGCACGGCCUUGUUAUUGGUUGUUGCGCGGGAGGAAACAUGGGGAACUUGCCUGUCAUUAUAAUCCCAGCCAUCUGCGCCGAGAAAAACAAUCCGUUUGGAGAUUCAUCUACGUGCUCGAUAAAUGGGAUGGGCUACGUAUCCCUCUCUAUGGGGAUAGGAGCUAUAGGCAUUUGGUCAUAUGUAUAUAAUAUCAUACGGGCAUAUGGAAAAAGGGAUGACGGGGAUGUCUCAGCCUACUCCAAAUUAAGAGAAAAUAGCCACAGUGAAACGUCAAGACGAGCCUUGGAUAGUACUACACAAACAUUACUACCAAGUAGCAACUCAAAAGGUGCUGAAGUUUCAGCUGAGCUUAUUUACCAAGGAUCCAUCGACGAAACCAAGGUUUCGGUACCUACUAUCAUUGAGAAGAAGGUGAAGUCGUUGGUGGAAUAUAUCGACCUGAGUGUUCUUUUCAGACCACCUACAGUUGCAACGGUUAUUGGCAUUAUCAUUGCUUCAAUAUCUCCCAUCCAAAAUUUCAUGGUUGGCUCUGGUGCUCCACUUCGUUUCGUUGAGAGUUCCGUUGUUUUGCUAGGGGAGGCAGCAAUUCCAUCAAUGACCAUUAUAAUGGGCGCGAAUCUUCUAAGAGGUUUCAAGCGAUCAGGAGUGGGAAUUUGGCUUCUUUUCGGGAUCAUUGUAGUUCGAUUCGUUAUCUUGCCUAUCAUUGGUGUUGCUGUUAUUACAGUUGCAAAAGAUCUAGGCAUGGUGGGAACAGAUCCUUUAUAUCACUUUGUUCUUCUGCUUCAAUAUGCAGUUCCACCUGCAAUGGCUAUAGGUACUAUCACACAGUUGUUUGAAAUUGGUGAAAGUGAAUGUUCUGUUAUCAUGUUUUGGAAUUAUGCUGUGGCAGCAGUUGCUCUGACCCUUUGGUCGACAUACUUCAUGUAUAUCUUGUCCUGAUCAAUACUUUUUAUAUCUCGAGGGGAGCCUUGAUGCAACGUUGAGUGUUUGUUGUCGUGUUACCAGGAGGUCAUAUAGAUUUAAGUUUGAGAAAAUAAUUUGUAAUUGAAAUGCAAAGGUAAUAUUGCGUACAAUGGAUUAAAUGUCUUUUAUAAGCUUGAGUACAGCGGAAGCUUAGUAUAUUGGAAUGUCAUUUUUUGGGUUCAUUUGUAAAAAAAAUUAUAUAUUCAUGAACAAAAUAUUGUGUUUGAUUGACUUGA